AUGGCUUCGCCGGCGCUAACAUGCGCUUACCGGAACCUUAAUGCGCCGGUUUCUCUCCUGCGCACAGUAGCAUCAACCCGUAUCACAACAACUCCAUUGUUUCGUUUCCAUUACAAACACUCUCCGAAUUUCAUUUCUUCUUCAAAGAGAUUCACUUCCUUGUCCUUACUUCAAACCGAUUCUCCGAACCAAACCACAAUCUCCUCUUCUUCCGAUUCUGGAUACCCUGAAUACAAUAGAUUGAUGCCAUGUCCUGCGCAUAACUUUCCUCCAAGAAUUGAGCAUAUGGUUGUUUUAGAAGACGUUAAUGUGACUGAGUUUAUCUGUAAACAAUUGGAUCUUCCUCCUUUGUAUGUUGCAGAUCUUAUACGAUUUGGAGCUGUACAUUAUGCUCUUGUAUGUCCUAAACCUCCAUCAACUGCGACUCCUGAGCAAAUUAAACUGUUUAAGGAAGUAACUUCUCCUUCUUUACUAAGCAAGAGAUCUUCUAUCAAAGGGAAAACUGUUAGAGAAGCUCAGAAAACGUUUCGUGUGACGGACACUGAUCAGUAUGUCGAACCUGGAACUUACUUGCGUGUACACGUCCACCCAAAACGUUCACCUAGGUGUUAUGAAAUUGAUUGGAAGUCGCGGAUUAUUGCUGUGACUGACUCUUAUGUCGUUUUGGAUAAACCUGCCGGUACUACGGUUGGGGGAACCAUGGAUAACAUCGAAGAGACAUGUGCCACAUUUGCCUCACGAGCAUUGGAAUUGCAAGAACCAUUGAAAACAACACAUCAGAUUGAUAAUUGCACAGAAGGCUGUGUUGUCUUUGCUAGAACGAAAGACUACUGCUCGGUCUUCCACACGAAAAUAAGAAAUAAAGAAGUGAAGAAACUCUAUCGUGCUCUUGCUGCGGCUCCUCUUCCCACUGGAAUUAUCUCACAUUAUAUGCGCCCAAUUAAUAUGGCUCCAAGACUCGUAUCCGAAGAGUCAAUCAAAGGCUGGCACUUGUGUCAACUUGAGAUUUUAGAAUGUAAGAAGAUACCUUGGCCUGGCUCAGUUAUUGAGAAGAAACAUGAUAUUGAAGACUGUGGAUGGCCUUCAAGAGAAUUUGCUUAUGAGUGUACCAUCAACCUUAUAACAGGCAAGACUCACCAGAUCCGGGCCCAGCUUGCAGCCUGUGGGGCCCCAUUGGUUGGUGACUCUAUGUACAUGCCAGCAGCGAUAGCAGAGGCAGUGAAUCCCGGGAUCAAUCCUUAUGGAAAGGCAAAGAAACAUUAUGCAAUGGAGGAUGAUGAUAAGGAAACCGCAGUUGCUGAAUGGAUUGAGAGGCAUGGGAAGGAGCCAAGGGUAGGAAUCGGACUUCAAGCUUGUCAAAUCUCGUGGGACGAUAAUGAUGGAGAGCAUUUCUAUGAAGCUGGGACUCCAUGGUGGAGAUGA